AUGUUUGACUCAGAGAAGAGCCGCGUAGUUACCUUCAUCAGUCUGUGUGUCUUCACUGGAAACCAGCUGGAAAUGUUGACCACCAGAUUUGGAACCACUAUCAGUCCUCAAAAUAGGACAACGGCAAAGGAAACUGAUGAAAAAGGAAAAUUUGACCCAGACAAACUUCUGCAGUGCCCUUUUGACAAGAACCACCAGAUCCGGUCCUGCCGCUUCCCUUACCAUCUUAUAAAGUGCAGAAAGAAUCAUCCCAAACUGGCCAGCGAGCUCAAAACCUGCCCUUUUAAUGCUCGCCACCUGGUCCCCAAGCAUGAGUUGCCUCACCACACUGAAACCUGCGAGGACAGAACAUCUGUGGACCCCAGGAAUGGUGGAAAUAAAUGGCAGGUCCCUGUCAGUUCUUGGGUAAACACAAGCAUGACUGAGGAUUGGGACGAAGAGGCCGAUGAUUCUGCUGCUCCGUUUGUGUGGGGUGUGAACGUAGUCUUGAAUGACAAGCCUACCAACAAUCUUGGUCCAACUUUUAGAGCGCCCAACACCCUCCCAUGGUUUUAA